AGCGAAGAUGAAGAAUACUACAAGUGGGCUCUAACUCGUAUUGUUCGCUUAUUCGAAGGGAUAUCAAAACCUGGCGUUAUUGUAACUGAUAGAGAAUUGUCACUUAUGAAUGCUCUUAGGAUAGUCUUUCCGAAUUCAACAACUUUAUUAUGCAUAUGGCAUAUUAAUAAAAAUGUUUUAAAAAAUUGUAAGUCACAAUUCCUAAGAGAAACUGAAGAUGUGUCGAGCAGUGAAUGGGACACUUUUCUUGCAAAAUAG